AUCUGUAAGGAUGAUGAUCCCUUCUUUGCUGGUGGUCGCCGCUAUGGUGGCCUGUUCCAGCGCUGAUCCUAUUUUCGGUUGGUAUGAUUUGUGUCAAGAGUGUCCAUCGUCGGAAGAAGGAGAUGUGUUUACGGAAACUUGGUGUGAAUGGAUGUGUGAAACAAUUGAGGAAGAGAAGUGUGCUACAACUUUACCUACAAGUACAACACAAGCAUCAACUUCAUCUACAACAAAGUCUUCGACAACUUUUUCAACGACGUCUUCAAUAUCUACAACGUCACAAAAAUCAUCACAGAACGAAUCAUCGACGAUGCAGAAUAAAGCCGCAAACUCAACUGCUACCUAAAAACACAAAUUAUUAAAUUUUUUUAUACGGGGUGUUCCGUUUUUAUUGUUACAAAUUUAAACAGGUGAUUAAAAAUUCAAUUUUAAGAUAAAAGUUUUCUAUAAACAUGUAUCGAAAAAUAUUAUAUAAGAGAGCUACACUCCCUAAAAGAGGUGCAUCUGGAUUUUUUCCAAUAUUUCAGAAAACAUUGUAGAUAAAAAUGCAAAAUUUUGGUACAACUGAUAACCUUUAUACAAUCAAACGAAUUCAAAACUAAAAUGUCAAAAUUUUUACUCAAGG